AUGAAGUUUCUUGUUGUCGAUGGUGAUUGGCCCGUAACUCCGUACACACUCACCCGUUCUGAAUUAGUGUCACAUUCAGUGGAGGAAGCAGACGGGGGUAGUGAAGGCGGUCAACUUAUUAUUCAUGGCCAUACGCUUGUUGCCCUCUGCCAGCAGCAGUUGCACACCUCGGUUGUAAGAGUGCGAGCAGCUCCUGAUCUUUCCACAUUGGGACUCACAAUAUUACACGAAUCUUUAAGUGAUAGCACUGGAAAUAUUCGCCUUGUCACUCCUAAGAGUCUCACGAGGCAGGUAUUUGCAGUAGAUGAUCUGUUAGUGCACGGAAGGCUAAUUGUUUUUACCUCCCGUUGGGAAUCACUCGCUUCCGCCGCCAUUGUUGGCGUGAAAUCUGACCGAAGGGAAGAACACGAGCUAACUCGCAGAACCAAAUCCAGGCCUGAGGAAACCAAGAAUAGCGGUAGGGGUAACCAUGACACUUCUGUGUCGCGGCCGAGCGUGUUUUCUGGGAGAAACCGAACGGCAUUGCACAAGUUUACAUGUGCUGAGACGUACUUUCAAUCAAUCCCCCCGGCUACGGUUCAUGACUUGGAUCUGUUGAAUAAUCUGAUUCAAGCAGGAACCAUUCGUCUCGACCCCCGCGUGGAAGUGUACCUCUGUACCGUGUGCGGAUUCCUACCGCGUCAAACGUUUACAACAUCAUGCUGCGGUGCUAUCAUGUGCGGCGCAUGCACACCACUUAUAUCUACUUCCUCAGUGAUGCCAUCUGUCAUGAGCGAAAGAUAUGUUUGCAUAGCCUGCAAAGAGCUUCCAUUUACAAGUCACACUGCCCAUGUGAGCAGGGAUGCAGAAGUGAUGAAGCUAGUGCGUGAGCUCCGCGUGCUACAUCAUCCACAGCUGGCUUCGGCAGCCUCAGCCACUAGUUCCCACGGAAUGGCUGAGAAGAGUCACGCAUCAUUGCCCUUCCUUUUGCACUCCAUGGGAAUCAUGCCAGCAAAACGUGAUGUGGGAGGCGCCGCGGCACCCGUUCUUGGGUCGGUAUUUCCAAAUCCGUGA